AUAUAACAUUUAUAUAUAUUAAAGUUUCCAUCAGUUGCCCUAAAAUAUCAAAUUAAGUGAGUUCUUACUGGAAUAAACAAAAAUGAUAUCAUCAAGAGCUAUAAGAUGUCUUACUGGUUCAACGAGUCCCUCUUUUAAGAUCGCUCCAAUAUUCUCCAAUGCAAAAAGGAGUUUUAAACAACCGAACGUCCUUAAACGCCCCCUUUAUGAAAGCCCAGAGAUGAAACGUAAUAAGCAAGUAAUAUUAGAUACAUUUCCAAAAUUUCGUCAAAUCCUUCAAACUUUGCCUGAAUAUAAAGAGAUACCCGAAGUAAUUGAUAGAAUCGCUACGGCAGUUGAGUAUGCGAGUUCAAAUGGAAAACUAUGGAGAUCAACGAGUAUUCUUCGAAAUUAUGAAAUAGCUGCAAGCCCUGAAGAUCUUACGCCUGAAAAAUAUAAUAAUGCUGCCUUAAUGGCUGCUACAGUUGAAAUCUUACAUGGUGUUAUUUUACAACUGGACGAUAUUCAGGAUGAUGCUGACAUACGUAGGGGAGUAAAAGCAUUUUAUGCCUUACCUGGAAAAACUAGAAAUUGUGUUGGUGAACUUUUUGCAGCUGAGAGCACUAGAAAUUUAAUUUUAGCUACUGCUGGAAAAUCUCAUCCCAGUUACCAAACGGUGAGGCAUCUUUACAACAAGCACGGUCUUUUAACCUAUAUGGGUCAACUAUACGAUACUUUAUUUUAUGAUGAAAGUACAAAAAAGCCUGUUGUUGAGGCAUUCACUAUGGAUAUCUACGAGAAGCUGACUAUGUAUAAAACUACAUAUUAUACAAUUAGCAUGCCUAUCGAAAUUGGAUUAGCUUUGUCAAACAAAUACGAUGAGAAGAAGAUAAAAGAGAACUACCAUAUAGUUACUCGUCUUGGAUUACUUUUUCAAAUGAUGAAUGAUUUCAAAGAUCUAUUUAGGAAUCAAGGAGAAAUUUUGAAAUCAGAAGAAAUGAAUGUUGGAAUGGAUAUACCUACCUACAGAAUAACAUGGUUUACAAUAAGAACACUUGAGCGAGGUACUCCGGCACAAAAAAAAGAAUUUUGGGAAAACAUUGGAAGGUCAGAUCCAGAGAAGAUUAUGAAAAUUGUUAGCUUAUACGAGGACCUUAGACUCGACGAGUUAUUCUUGAAGGAAGAAAAUGACAUAUUGAGAUACGUGCAAGAAGAGAUUCCGAAAAUUCGAAACGGGAUCCCACACGAAAUGUAUUAUGAGAUAGCAAAUAAAUCUUUUAGGGCAGAUAUAAGAACAUUGAAUUAAGAUUUUAGUGGUUGUACAAUUUUGUUUCUAUUUAAAUAGAGUUUUUUUUUCUGUCUCUGUGUUUAUGGGAUGCAAAAAAAAGGUUACAAUAGCUACCUAAGUAUUAGAUGAAAAACUAAGGUCACACUAUUGCACUUUUGUAUGAGAAUUCUUUAAUAAAACGAUUAAAUAACUA